CCAUAAUGUAUUUUAUUUCCAGCAGAUGGACACACAAGCAGGAAUAUCUCAGAAGGACAUCUAAUGUUAUCCCCGGAUUGUGACAUAAAAGAUGACAGUAGACAGGAUUCUCCAGGAGAUAAUCCAAUUACCCCAAUUAUAUAUCCAGCUCUAUCAGCUGAUCCCUCUGAUCCUGGGAAAUGUUCUCCUGAUCACUCUGAUAUUGGUGCAUCUGUUACAGCUCUGAGAGUAGAUACAGUGUUUCCCUGUUCUAUAGAUGCCAAAUGUUUUACACAGAACACAAAGCUUAUUACCCAUCAGGCAGCUAAGGCAGGUGAGAGGCCACUGAUAUGUUCUGACUGUGGGAAAUGUUUUACCUGCAAAUCACAACUUGUUUCACAUCAGUGCAGACACAAAGGUCAGAAGCCAUUUCCAUGUUCUGAGUGUGGGAAAUGUUUUACAGAGAAAUCACAUCUUGUUACACAUCAGAGACGUCACACAGGUGAGAACCUAUUACCAUGUUCUGAGUGUGGGAAAUGUUUUACACUGAAAUCACAUCUUGUUACACAUCAGCGAAAUCACACUGGUGAAAAGCCAUUUCCAUGUUCUGAGUGCGGGAAAUGUUUCACCCGGAAAUCACAACUUGUUAAACAUCAGCGAAGUCACACAGGUGAGACUCCAUUUCCAUGUUCUGAGUGUGGGAAAUGUUUUACAUACAAAUCACUUCUUGUAAUACAUAAGAGAAUACAUACAGGUGAGAAACCAUAUUCCUGUUCUGAGUGUGGGAAAUGUUUUACAUACAAAUCAACUCUUGAUGCACAUAAGAGAAGUCACACAGGUACAUCACCAUUUCCAUGUUCUGAGUGUGGGAAAUAUUUUGCACAGAAAUCACAACUUGCUAGACAUCAAAGAAUUCACACAGGUGAGAAGGCAUUUUCUUGCUCUGAGUGUGGGAAAUGUUUUGCCCGGAAAUCAGAACUUGUUAGACAUCAGCGAAGUCACACAGGUGAGAAGCCAUUUUCUUGCUCUGAGUGUGGGAAAUGUUUUGCCCGGAAAUCAGAACUUGUUAGACAUCAGCGAAGUCACACAGGUGAGAAGCCAUUUUCUUGCUCUGAGUGUGGGAAAUGUUUUGCCCAGAAAUCAGAACUUGUUAGACAUCAGCGAAGUCACACAGGUGAGAGGCCAUUUCCAUGUCCUGAGUGUGGGAAAUGUUUUGCACACAAAUCAGGUCUUGUUAGUCAUAACAGAAGUCACACGGGUGAGAAUCCAAUUUCUUGCACUGAGUGUGGGAAAUGUUUUACACGGAAAUCACAACUUGUUAAACAUCAGAGAAGUCACACAGGUGAGAAGCCAUUUCCAUGUUCUGAGUGUGAGAAAUGUUUUGCACACAAAUCAGAUCUUGUUAUACAUCACAGAAGUCACACAGGUGAGAAGCCAUUUUUUUGCUCUGAGUGUGGGAAAUGUUUUACACAGAAAUCACAUCUUGUUAGACAUCAGCAAAGUCACACAGGUGAGAAUCCAUUUCCAUGCUCUGAGUGUGGGAAAGGUUUUGCACACAAAUCAGCUCUUGUUAUACAUCACAGAAGUCACACAGGUGAGAAGCCAUUUCCAUGUUCUGAGUGUGGGAAAUGUUUUGCAGACAACUCAGCUCUUGUUAUACAUCACAGAAAUCACACAGGUGAGAAGCCAUUUCAAUGUUCUGAGUGUGGGAAAUGUUUUACACAGAAAUCACAACUUGUUACACACCAGAGAAGACACACAGGUGAGAAGCCAUUUUACAGAUCCUUCUCGGAUAUAGAACUGAAAGUUCUGGAGAAGGGUCUCUCCUUCGUACCCACCAACCCUUUCAAUAAAUUUCAGUGGCAAAUCGAUCUGCACCGCUUCUCAAGGAAGUUGAGACUACAGGAGUACUUUCAACAUUCCAAUCUUCAAGAUCCACCAAGUGUCUCUUUCUGCGACAGAUUCUAUCAGACCCGACAUAAAUCAACCUUUGACCCCCCGUCGACCAACUCGUCUAUACAAGCAUUUACCAGACUACUGGAUGAUUCAGUCGCCAAAUACACCGCGGCGACUUCAGUCAUACACCGUAACCUGACCAAGGCUGAACAAGUAGCCCUCAAACAACUGGGUGCUUAUCGGGAUGUAAUCUUCCGGCCAGCGGACAAGGGAGGGGGUUUAGUCAUCCUUAACCUCUCCGAUUACAUCAAAGAAAUAGAGGGGCAACUGGCCGACCAGGAGACCUAUGAGGCUCUGUCCCACGACCCCACGGCCGAAUACCAACACGAACUGGAACUGCUACUGGACCGGGCAAAGUCCAACAAUCUACUCACAGAAAAACUGUGCGAAGCCCUCAAACAGGAUCAUCCACGAGUACCCCUUUUCUUUGUGGUACCCAAAAUCCACAAGAAUGCCACAUCCCCGCCUGGCAGGCCUAUCAUAGCCGCAAGAGAGUCCAUUCUUCAACCCAUCUCAACAUUCUUAGACGGAAUCUUGCAACCACUGAUCGUCAAACACCACAACUAUAUCAAGGACACCACCAGCUUUCUGGAGCGGAUUAACAGUAUAGGACGGGUCCCUCAAGGGACUUUGAUGUGUGUGAUCGACGUAAAGAGCCUAUACACGAGUAUCCCCCACCGGGAAGGCCUUCAAGUUAUGCGAGAUUUUCUUAUCAAAGAAAAAAUGGACACUCUUGACACAGAGCUUUUCAUGCAACUCCUCACCUUCACCUUAAAGAGAAACUUCUUUAUGUUUAAUGGCACCUUUUUCCAGCAACGAACAGGCUGUGCGAUGGGGAGCAACGUCUCCCCAUCAUUUGCAAAUGUUUACAUGUUCCAGGAAGAACAGAAUAUAUUCUUUGAGGACCAGGACAUAGCGCAGAACAUCUUGCUGUUCGUCAGAUAUAUAGACGAUUUGUUCUUACUCUGGACAGGUGACAGAGCACGAUUUGAACGACUGAUAGAGGAAGCUAACAGCAGACCCUCCACAAUCAAAUACACUUACAACAUCAGUAGCGAAUCAGUGAACUACCUGGACGUCAGGAUAACAAUUCAGGAAGGAACGCUAACCACCAGCCUGUUCACAAAGCCCACAGACAAGAAUGUUUUACUGAAGGCCAACAGUCACCAUCCAAGACCCCUGAAGGAGGGGCUCCCCAGAUCUCAGAUGAUCAGGGCCUCCAGGAUCAUCAGUGAUCGCUCUACCCUAGACCAGGAAUUAGAGACCCUGGUCGAUAAAUUCAUACAGCGGGGCUACAACUAUCAAAUACUCCAGGCACAGAAAAAAGAGAUAAUGGCGAUACCGAGGGAGACUCUACUGAAUCCGACUGCGCGCAGGGACCAAGCGAUCAUACCGUUUGUGAACCAGUUCAGUACAGCAAGCCCGGUUAUACAGAGAGCGGCCAGAGCCCUGUGGCCCAUAGUAGCCUCAGAUGCAAAACUGCCCACGUUCAGAGAGAAGCGUCCGAUGCUAUGCUUCACAAGAGGCAAAAGCAUAAGAGAUAUUAUAUAUGGAGUUGGCUUCAACAUCGGAGAAGCUAAGACGUUCACUAGCAUCACGCUGGAUCAGGUCCAAAGUUGCCUCGCUGGAGAUGAAAUGAAGACUAUUUCUAUGCAAGAAAUUGCCAAGAAACUGAACAUUUCCUACAACGGUCUGUACUACUUCCUUCUGUUAGGUUCCUGGUGCUCAGAACAAGGGAGAUGUUGCGUAGGACACACAAGCAGGAAUAUCUCAGAAGGACAUCUAAUGUUAUCCCCGGAUUGUGAAAUAAAAGAUUAUGACAGUAGACAGGAUUCUCCAGGAGAUAACCCCAUUACCUCAAUUAUACAUCCAGCUCUAUCAGCUGGUCCCUCUGAUCCUGGGAAAUGUUCUCCUGAUCACUCUGAUAUUGGUGCAUCUGUUACAGCUCUGACAGUAAAUACAGAGUUUCCCUGUUCUAUAGAUACCACAUGUUUUACACAGAACACAAAGCUUAUUACCCAUCAGGCAGCUAAGGCAGGUGAGAGGCCACUGAUAUGUUCUGACUGUGGGAAAUGUUUUACCUGCAAAUCACAACUUGUUUCACAUCAGUGCAGACACAAAGGUCAGAAGCCAUUUCCAUGUUCUGAGUGUGGGAAAUGUUUUACAGAGAAAUCACAUCUUGUUACACAUCAGAGACGUCACACAGGUGAGAACCUAUUACCAUGUUCUGAGUGUGGGAAAUGUUUUACACUGAAAUCACAUCUUGUUACACAUCAGCGAAAUCACACUGGUGAAAAGCCAUUUCCAUGUUCUGAGUGCGGGAAAUGUUUCACCCGGAAAUCCCAACUUGUUAAACAUCAGCAAAGUCACACAGGUGAGACUCCAUUUCCAUGUUCUGAGUGUGGGAAAUGUUUUACAUACAAAUCACUUCUUGUAAUACAUAAGAGAAUACAUACAGGUGAGAAACCAUAUUCCUGUUCUGAGUGUGGGAAAUGUUUUACAUACAAAUCAACUCUUGAUGCACAUAAGAGAAGUCACACAGGUACAUCACCAUUUCCAUGUUCUGAGUGUGGGAAAUAUUUUGCACAGAAAUCACAACUUGCUAGACAUCAAAGAAUUCACACAGGUGAGAGGCCAUUUCCAUGUUCUGACUGUGGAAAAUGUUUUGUACAGAAAUCAGUUCUUGUUGCACAUCAGAGAAGUCACACAGGUGAGAAACCAUUUCCAUGUCUUGAGUGUGGGAAAUGUUUUGCACACAAAUCAGAUCUUGUUAGUCAUAACAGAAGUCACACAGCUGAGAAGCCAUUUCCAUGUCAUAAGUGUGGGAAAUGUUUUACACACAAAUCAGAUCUGGUUAGUCAUAACAAAAGUCACACAGGUGAGAAGGCAUUUUCUUGCUCUGAGUGUGGGAAAUGUUUUGCCCGGAAAUCAGACCUUGUUAGACAUCAGCGAAGUCACACAGGUGAGAAGCCAUUUUCUUGCUCUGAGUGUGGGAAAUGUUUUGCCCGGAAAUCAGACCUUGUUAGACAUCAGCGAAGUCACACAGGUGAGAAGCCAUUUUCUUGCUCUGAGUGUGGGAAAUGUUUUGCCCAGAAAUCAGAACUUGUUAGACAUCAGCGAAGUCACACAGGUGAGAGGCCAUUUCCAUGUCCUGAGUGUGGGAAAUGUUUUGCACACAAAUCAGAUCUUGUUAGACAUCAGCAAAGUCACACAGGUGAGAAGCCAUAUUUUUGCUCUGAGUGUGGGAAAUGUUUUACACAGAAAUCAUAUCUUGUUAUACAUCACAGAAGUCACACAGGUGAGAAGCCAUUUCCAUGUUCUGAGUGUGGGAAAUGUUUUGCAGACAACUCAGCUCUCGUUAUACAUCACAGAAAUCACACAGGUGAGAAGCCAUUUCAAUGUUCUGAGUGUGAGAAAUGUUUUUGUUAGGCGCCGGGGUCCGCGCGGCCGUGCGGCCCGGCGCCUAGCAACCAGAGACGCCGGGCGCACAGAGCCGCUCAGACCCUAGCAACAGGAACGCCACGGUCGGACUGCAUUCCCUGUUGCUGGGUCUUAAUUAAUCAGUGCCUGUGUGUUCUGGCCAUGCAGCAUGCAGCUGCACGGCAUCAUCAUGUAAUUACCCUGUCUGGAUCAGGAUUGGAGGGCUCUCAAAUAUAAGCACUCCCAGGACUUCUCUCAGACGCCGGUGAUAGCUUCCUGUUUGCCUGUGUCUGCUGCAGAGAAAGUUCCCAGUCCCGGUCUAUCCGUUUGUUCCUGUUAUCAGUGAUCCUGUACUCGGAAGUUACCAUCUAUUCCUGGAGUCUGACCGAGCACCUUUAACAUCUGGUGGUGUUCGUGAGUCGCGGCGCAGCCGUGUGUUGCGGCUUGUCCGCUAUAAUUUAUUAUUUUGUUUAUAUUGUGUUCUGGAGCUUUGCGGAGGAUUCCGCUUCCACAAGAUCCACUCUGGUGUCCAGCGGUGCCGGAUAGGAGUGUCGGAUCAGUGGAUCUUUGGUUGUCCUUUUCCCUGGCGGCUAAUCCGCACAUACCUUUUGAUUUAGUUAAGUUAGCUUGUAACCCCUGGCUUGGUUGCUUAGUCAGAGGGCCCCUUGUUAUCACCCUGUCUCGGACUUCCCCUUGUCUCCCAUUAAGACCUGCGGGGGCAUCGGGGUUGGGCAGACAUAAUCCGCCCUUCGAACGCGGCUGCCAUAGGCUCAAGCAACCAUAGUCUCGCAGGGGAUUUCUGAUAACACGGGCGAGACAACGGAGUUAGGGCGCCAGGGGUUACUAGGCUCUCCAGCUCCCACAACCUGUAUAUGGUUCCUGUACUCAGAUCCCUGCCAUAAGAUCUUCUCCAGUCUGGAGUACAGGAAUCGUAACAUUAUCACCGGCCUGACAAAAGAAAAAAUUUCAACAGGAGUUAAUUUUUUCACUUAUCCAGUUGGGAGAAUUUUGUCGGCCUCAUGAAUCCCACCGGUGUUGGGCCAAAUCCUGGCCAGUUUCUGGUUAGUCAGAUUCAGGAACUUACCCAGAUGGUUCAGGAUCUGUCCCUCCGGGUGAGCUCACAGGAAGAUCUGUUACGGACUUCCCCGAGGGUCAUCCCUGAACCAAAAAUGCAUCUGCCUGACCGUUUUUCUGGGGAUAGAAAACAGUUUUUUAAUUUUAAAGAGUCUUGUAAACUGUAUUUUCGUUUAAGACCAGUCUCCUCAGGUACGGAGGCUCAGCGGGUUGGAAUUAUAAUUUCUCUGCUUCAGGGGGAUCCUCAGACCUGGGCUUUUGGUUUAAAGACAGACGAUCCGGCCUUAUCGUCUGUAGACGCCUUUUUAAAAUCUUUAGGGCUAUUGUAUGACGACCCUGAUAGAGAGGCGUCCGCAGAAAGUCAGUUGCGUGCUCUAAGACAGGGUAGGAAUCCUGCAGAGAAUUAUUGUACGGAGUUUCGCCGUUGGUCGAACGACUGUGGCUGGAAUGACCCUGCCCUGCGCAGUCAGUUUCGCCUCGGCUUAUCUGAAUCUAUAAAAGACAGCCUCCUUCAGUAUCCCGCUCCUGAGACCCUUGAUAAACUCAUGGAGCUCUCUAUUAAAAUAGAUCGUCGGCUCAGAGAGCGGAGGACUGAAAAAGGGGCAUCUGUAGUUUCUUUUCCCUGUGUUCCUUCCGUUCCUGUAGACAUGGGGGAGCCUAUGCAGAUUGGUCUCUCCAAAUUGUCUCCGGAAGAAAGAACCAGGAGGCAAAAUUCUGGUCUGUGUUUGUACUGCGGAGGCAAGGGACAUUUUGCCCGUAGUUGCCCAAACAAGUCGGGAAACUUCCUGACCAAGUGAAUAGUGAGGGGGUUCACUUUGGUCUACAGCUCAUCUCCUCAAAUAAUUCACUGUUGGUUCCUGCUAAAGUUUCUUAUGACAGCCUCUGUUCCUCGGUCUCUGCUUUUGUGGACAGUGGAGCUGCAGGAAACUUUAUGGACUUAACAUGGGCCAAGGCCUUAGGUAUUCCUCAGCUAACCUUAGGUAGGUGUAUCACCAUGCAUGGUUUAGAUGGGAGUCCCUUAUCCAAUGGGGUUAUUUCUCUAUGUACACCUCCAGUUUUGCUCUCGGUGGGAGCUCUACAUUCUGAAAAGAUUGAGUUUUUUCUUACCCAUUGUCCAGCAGUUCCUGUGGUUCUGGGUCACCCUUGGCUGGCCUUUCAUAAUCCCAACAUUGAUUGGCAGUCUGGGGAGAUCCUACAAUGGGGUACCAUCUGUGAUAAAGAAUGUAUUACACUUCCCAUUCGAGUAGCCGCUGCCAGCUCUGCACAUAUUCCUGGAGAAUACCAGGAUUUUUUGGAUGUGUUUUCCAAGGGCAAUGCUGAUAUUUUGCCUCCCCAUAGGCCUUAUGAUUGUACCAUUGAGUUAAUUCCUGGUGCCACGUUGCCUAAGGGAAGGUUAUAUGCAUUGUCUGGUCCUGAAACGGUGGCCAUGAAUGAGUAUGUGAAAGAAAGUCUUGAGAAAGGGUUUAUCAGGCCAUCUAAAUCCCCUUUAAGUGCAGGUUUCUUCUUCGUAGAGAAGAAGGAUGGUUCCCUCAGACCCUGCAUUGACUUUCGAGCCUUGAAUAAGAUCUCAGUAAAAAAUACUUACCCCCUGCCGCUGAUCUCUGUCCUCUUUGAUCAGCUACGUUCGGCUGUUAUUUUUUCUAAGAUUGACCUGAGAGGAGCAUAUAAUCUCAUUAGAAUCAGGUCAGGGGAUGAGUGGAAAACGGCAUUCAGUACUCAAUCAGGCCACUAUGAGUAUCUGG